GUCCAUCAUGCAAAGCUGAUGGUAAGAGAGGAAGACAGAGAGAGAGAGAGAGAGAGAGAGAGAGAGAGAGAGAGAGAGGGGAGUUAGGAGCUGAUGUCAUUGCGGAGCGCUGCCUUCAUUAUAAACCAGUGUCAACACAGCGGUCUAGUACAGAAGUCACACUUAGAGAAGGCAAUGGGAGCUGUUCGCUGAAGCUGUGCUGUGGAACUGAAGACUCCAAGGGACAGAACGACAAGAAAUCAAGGAGAGGAGCCCAGAGAAGUCAUCUCUAGACCAGAAAACAGAAAAUCAUCAAGAGCAUCACGGACAUAUCAAACUUUUGAAUGCAGGAUUUGUGCAAGGAACUAAUUAGAGGACUCUAAUUGUGCCCCUGUUUCACUUUUACAUACUCUGCAGCGUUCAACAGACUGCUUCCAGAUUGCAGUCUAAAGGACAGUUGCUUGGAAUCGCUUAAAUAUCAAGUUCACUCUUCCGUUCUCUUUUUGGGAUUUGGCACUUGACAGGUGGUCAUUAACUUUGUUUACUCUUAGACAAUGGACUUGUCCUUGCUCUCUACUCCAACGAGUGAGUACAACAAGCAGAGGACAGGAGCACGCUUCACUGUCCGCUCAGCUAACUCUCCCUCCUACAAUCUCACUCGCAGGCGAGGUGUUAGGAAACCUAAAGGCUUUUUAGAGGAGGGGAGGGAGGGUACUAAAGAAGCUGGAGAAAGAGAGAGGUACUGGAGGAACAGUGGCGCAAAUUAUAUAAAUAAGGAGGAGGAUCACACUGUCACUGGUUAUCAAGCCAGAACUGGGAGUCGUAGCAGUGUCAAAGGUCAGUAUGAAGAGAAGGAAACACCAGGCCAUAUAAUGUGUACCAAGCUGAACCAGAAUGGCUCGGCAGACAAAACAAUCACAGAGUUUAGCACUGACAGAAGUGGAAGCUGUAACCCUGCAUAUGAAAACCGUGGCAGGACAGAUUCAAGGAGAUACAACCUGCCAAGUAGAAGUAGGAGUUUAGAUUGGAGAACAGGCAAAAGAAGCCCUGAUCGGGGCAAAAGGGCUGACAUGUCCAUGUUGUCAACCAAAAGAGGAGGAGAGAUCAGUAAACGGGCUGGAGACUUAGAUGAAAGAAGGACAGAAGUGGAAGGCGUGAGGGGCAGAGUGAUGUCUUCAGUACAGAUCUAUAACUCUGCUGGUAUAAGUAAUGACCUUAAAGAGAGGGGCCCAAUGAGUCAUAUGAGUCAGACUUUGGAUAGUGCCAGUAAGGGUCAUUCUCUCCCCUCCAGGUUUAGGUCCCAAUCUGGGCCUAGAUCUGAUUUCAGAGUGACAGCUACUUCAUUUGGGGCCAAAGGAGGUCAAAGCAUAUUGGAGCGGAUAGAGAAACUCUACGGAUCAGCUGGGUUUACUAAAACAGAGGACUGCAGCAAAAUUAGGGACGUUUCUACCCCUGUAAUGUCCCAUCACAAAGAAACAACCUCAGACUUCCACAUUUCACCACAGCAGAGGUCAUAUGAGCGGGCAGCUGGGGGAACCUUCCCCAGGCGGUUCUCAUUAGGAGGACUCAGUCCAGUGCAAGGCAGGAAAUCAUUCACCUGGACUCAAAAAGACAAUUCAGAUUCUGAGAGUUAUCUUUCUCCAGGGACAAACAGGACCAUGGAGGGACUGUCAAGGAGACAGUGGCAAGGACACAUUCAGGGCAGGUAUUCGGAGGAAGGGGGAGCUCACUUGAGUAAAGGGUUAGAGGAAAUUGGCACAAGGUCUCUGGAUAGAGCGAGGAGCAGGUACACUGUAGCAGCUCAGAUAAGAUCUGCAAGAGCUGCCGGAGCAAUAACUGCACCUCCACCGUCAAACACUUUCUUAGAAGAAGAGAGAUCAGUUUGCUUGAGAGGUUCAUCUAGAUUGAGAGAGGGAAGAGCAAGUGGAAGUAAGGAUGCAGAGGAAAAGGGCGAGACUAAUGAACAACCAACAAAAGACAAAUCUGAAUUGAAGAGUAGCAGCACUGAUGAAGAUGUGUUUGAGUCAAACCUAGAGAAAAUCCCAGUGAAAACAAUCGAGAGGAAGAAAUUCCCAGAGAGGUUGUCAGUCUCCUCUGCAGCUGGUGUGAAAAAUAAGAUCAAUCAGUUUGAGGCUCUGACACAGAGAUCCCAGGGUUUGGCUACAGGACAGAUCCUGAUGCCCAGACGUGCUUUUUCUGUGCCAACACAACUCAGCAAGGCUCAUUAUGGGGUGAAAAAGAGUGGGUUUAGAGACAAGUGGGAGGGAAUGAAAGAGGGAGGGAAAGCAGAUGAGAAAACUGAGGAAACAGCAACAGGAGCAGGAAAGAAGCUGGGGUCAGGAAGGUCUUUAUCAGUGGACGAGGUUGGACUAAGACCAGAGAGGAAAGAGAGAGAAGGGAAUGACUUGGUCGAGAAUGAAGAAAAAGAAACAACCAGCAGUACAAAUUCUGUUGAAGAUUUGGGUAAAUAUUCCAGACUGAAGAGUACACUGGAAAUCCCACUAAAUGGAGGAGCACAAAGAGAGCGUAAAAGCUUUUACAUUGACGAGACAGAUUUCUCCAAAGUAAGCCCUGAGGAGGCAAGCAAGAGACCACCAUCCUUGUUUCUGUCCAACUCCAGUGACACUUCCGUUUGUGUGCAGAAAACCUCUAUAAUUACUUCACCUGUUAGUGAUGAAGAGAAGACUCCAACAAACACUCCAAACCACUCACCCUUUCUUUCACGUACAGCACAACCAGAGCCCUCCACUGACAGGGCAGACAGUGAAACUGAAAGCACUUCUGUCUUCACACAAGCAGCUAAAACUCCUGAACGAGAUUCCCCACCUCUCCCUCAUCCCCCUUUCACUGCAUCCCACAGCAACCUCCCCGAUCUCAUCUCUCCAGAUGUCAGUGCAGCCUCUCCAUAUAGAAAGAAACCAGUGUUGGACAUGGAUGCUUGGGUAGCUGGCUUGAACACAAAGAUUAAGGUCUGGAAUGACGAUGAAGACGAUUAUGAAGAUGAUGAUGAUGAAAGCACACAGAAGGAUGAGGAUUCAAACUAUGAUUCAGACUCUGGAGAGUCCUCGGUGACCAUUACUAGUAACAUGAGCCAGUCGGACCGCAGGAGUUUCUGUGUCAGUCUUUCAGAUCUGUGUAACUUUGCUGGAGUUGACUAUGAGUCAGAGAACGACAGCGAUGAAUGGCAACCUACAGGCCGACGGUCUGCCUCACUGAGCUCUGACAUGUCAGCCCUGUCCUGUGUGUCUGUGCUGCCCAGUGAGGAGCUUGACAGGCUGCUGGAGGAUGUCAGGAGCCUGGGGGACAGUAACCUACAGGACUAUAACGAUGUGCAGGUUGUGGUUCUCCAUAAGGAAGUGGGAGUGGGACUUGGCUUCAGUGUGGCAGGAGGCGUGGACCAGAGCAAGCCAGUCACUGUUCACAAGGUGUUUCACUCAGGUGUCGCAGCCCAGGAAGGCUCCAUAAGAGAAGGGGACCAGGUAUUGUCAAUCAAUGGCACUGCACUGUGUGACUACGCUCACUGGGAGGCCCUGAGGGUCCUGAGAAGAGCAAAGACUCGGGAUUUGGGGGUGGUGGUCCUGAGGAGGGGAGGGAUUAGUGGUGCCUGUAAGGGUGGAGCACAGACAAAUAAUUCUGGACCAACGCAGACUCAGGUCACAGAGACAGGUCAGCGUGUGUGUGUGUGUUUGGAGAAGAACAGCAGGGAUCUGGGCUUCAGCCUGGAGGGAGGUGUAGGCUCCAGUCUGGAGAACAGACCACUCACUGUACAGAAGAUCUUCCAGGGAGGUCCUGUUGACAAGGUGUGUCCUGGUGAUGAGGUCCUAGAGAUUGGGGGUGUGAGCAUGGUGGGGAUGAGACGCCUGGAAGCCUGGACUUUGAUCAGAAAACUGCCCCCGGGGUCUGUGGAUGUGGUGCUAAGUCGCCCUCUUAAACAUCUGGAAACAUGAAGAUUAUUGAGGUGCUUUGCCCACAGUAAAGUUAAGUGACUGAUAAUGGACAAGAAACUAAAAGCCAUCCAUAAGAGAGACAGCUUUGUCUGCAGACCCAUUUUGGUCUGAUGCCAUUAAAGCAAAUACUUUUUAUACCCAAAGCCAUAAAGGAAAUAUAAUCUUGGAGACCAGGUCAAAAGUGUGUAUUUUUCUUCCCUUUAUCUACAAGAUUACAUCUAUUACAUCUACCUCAAAGCCUGGGAUAUUUCUGAACCAGCCAUAAUUAAAGUGCACUGAUGGCUCAAACAUUUAUCAAGUCAACAAACCUUUGUAACAGAUAGUUUGGUAAGCUAUAAUGUGGCACCUGUGAAUGAAAACAUGUUGUAAUAUAUUGUGUAUAGAAGCUAACUGCAUUUAGAGUGUAUAUUGCUUUUUAAUAAAUCCUAACUUAAAGUGA